GUUCCGGAAUUUGACGAGCGUUUCCGAAGCUGCGCAGUAGCGGCGGAGUGGCUGGGGCGCCCGCAGAGAGCCGAGUGUGUUUCCGUUGCCGGGCUGAGCCACCGCUGCCGAGCAUAGAGGGAUCGGGGGAGCGCCGGCUGUACGUGUAGGAGCCGGGAGGAAAGGGACGGAGGGAGGCCGGGAGGAGGAGGAGCUGCCCCCUCUGUACAGGGAGAGAGCCGGAGAGACCCGCGGGGGGAAUCCAGCACGAUGAUCAAACUGUUCUCCUUGAAGCAGCAGAAGAAGGAGGAGGAAUCCGCCGGCGGCACCAAAGGCACCAGCAAGAAGGCCUCCGCCGCCCAGCUCCGCAUCCAGAAAGAUAUCAACGAGCUGAACUUGCCGAAGACGUGCGAAAUCGAGUUCUCCGACCAUGACGACCUUCUUAAUUUCAAGCUAGUCAUCUGUCCUGAUGAGGGCUUUUACAAGGGUGGCAAAUUUGUCUUCAGUUUUAAGGUGGGACAGGGCUACCCUCACGACCCACCUAAAGUGAAGUGUGAGACAAUGGUAUAUCAUCCAAAUAUAGAUCUAGAGGGUAACGUCUGCCUAAAUAUUCUAAGGGAGGACUGGAAGCCUGUACUGACGAUAAAUUCAAUAAUAUAUGGCCUGCAGUAUCUCUUCUUGGAGCCAAACCCCGAAGACCCUUUAAACAAAGAAGCCGCUGAAGUUCUUCAAAACAACAGACGCCUGUUUGAACAGAAUGUCCAGCGGUCCAUGCGGGGGGGCUACAUAGGAUCCACCUACUUUGAGCGCUGCCUGAAAUAAAACUCUGCAGCUUCCGAGUGCAAAACCCGCCACCCAUCUGACCUACUUCUCUCCUCUUCCUGUCCUAACCCCCCUCCCCCCCUCUUAUUCCUGUUGCUCAUCCAUACAGCGCCUCCCCCUUUCUUACAGCCACGCCCACCAAGUCCGGGCGGAGCUCCCGAUGUGGAUAGACCUAUGCAAGGUCCCAUGUCCUGCUGCUAUCCCUUUGUAUUGGGAGGGAGCACUGCGUGCACAUAUUACAGUACUCGACAGCGCCACCACCUGGCUCUCAAUACCUCACAUCCUUCUCCCCCUCCCUCGCAGAGCUUCUAUUUAUUGAUGGGUUCAUAAUUUAUCCAUGACCUUUUCCCAAGAUUUUCUUUUGCCAUCAUAGAAAUUUCUGAACGUCAGUGACUGAAUUAGUUUAUAAGGUGUUUUUUUUUUUUUUUUUAUUUCUUUUCAUAAUUACUUUAGCCCAUGUGAAGUCAUUUCAGAAUUUCGGUGGCCUUAAAAAGUUUUGUUAAUAUUUUCUGUUUUGAUCAGCAUUUUCCACCCAUUGUCUCUUCUCGUAAUUUUAUUAAAAGACAGAAAAGAAUCCAUUGAGUCGGCUGGCAGGCGUUUCUUUUGAGUUUAAAUAAACCCCCUCCCACCUUCUGUUGCCGAUCCUUCCAGCUAGCAAACGUGAUUAGGAUCCUCCUUCCCAGGCUCUCUCUCGUCAUCUGCUGACUCACCAAGUCAGACAAAAGGGCCGAGGGUUACCCAUUGCAUUUGGCUGUUGUGCCCAGUUUUACCAGCAGGUGGCACUGCAGGUGAAAUUUACUAUAAUGGCACGAAGUCUGAUUAUGAAAUCUUGGGAGUAUUGUGGAAAGAAGGAACUUUCCCUGGUACUCUGCAAGCAACAUGGCUGAAUUAAUUUAAGGUGGAAUUCCUUUUAAGAUGGAAAUAGUGAUACAUUUUAGGGAUUUCCAACCUACUGGAGAUGCGUAACUGCAGAUAGAACCCAAUGCUGCUUAUUUCUAAAGGCUUUUUUUUUUUUUUUUUUUUUUAAGAGGGGGUCUGGUGGCAUGCUGUUUUCACCAUCAUCGUUACUGGGACAGAAGGUCGCAAAGUCCUUAAGACAGUUGGCCUUCUGUUGCCGCACUUGUGUAUCUAUCAUUGUUUCACAUAACGGCCUCUUUUCCCUUCGUCUUGGGGGUCAAGGAAUCUGUAAGUACGCAUAUUUAUUAACAAGCAGCUUUGCUGUGGUUUACCCCACGGGCUGAAGGCUGUCCGCGCUGGGCCCCGCGGGUGGGUGGGCACUGUACUCUUCAGGGUUACACGGCAAAAUCUACAACUUUUAAGGAAGUUCUGGAGCCAAGCCGCUCUCUCCUUUGUGACAGCCAUGCCUAGGCGCCCUUUUAUGCUUCAGGGCGGAGGCGACCCGUUCAGUUUUAGAGCCUCAUUCACAAAGCUUGGUGACGUCUGUUUUUUUUUUUUUUGUUUGUUUUUUAUUAAAGAAGAAUGACAGUUUACUGUGCAGUAAAAGGGUGCCGCGGUCUUGUGAAUGAGACCCUUUAGAGUCCACUUCUUGACGUGUAUGGUUUUAAAUAAUAAAACAAAAAGACAAAAAAUAAAUAAAAGGUAAUAAACCGGA